GGAAGGCGCUCGGAACAGGCCCCGCGACCUCAGGCCCACGCGCGCCCCGCCGCGGCCCCCGGGAGUCGCGAGCCGGCGCAGGUCCGCCCACACCCGCAGAGUCUCGCGGCUGCGUCGCGUCGGGUAGUUAGCGAGCGCGGGCCAUGGCCGCCGCGGGGGGCGCUCGGCUCCUGCGCGCCGCUUCCGCCGCUCGGAGUGGCGCGGCCCGGGGGUGGCAGCUGCUCGGCGGGCCUCGCGCGGGGGCCACCGGCCUCGCGGGGAUCCGGGGACCUGCGGGGAACGCGGGGCCGGGCCUGGGCGGCGGCGGCGGCACAAAAACAACCCGGACGCUGAGCUUGUCGGCGCGGGCGCGGAGCAGCUCAGAAGAUAAAAUAACAGUCCACUUUGUAAACCGUGAUGGUGAAACACUAACAGCCAAAGGAAAAGUUGGUGACUCCCUGCUAGAUGUUGUGGUAGAAAAUAAUCUGGACAUCGAUGGUUUUGGUGCAUGUGAAGGAACCCUGGCUUGUUCUACCUGUCACCUCAUCUUUGAAAAGCAUAUAUUUGAGAAGUUGGAAGCAAUCACUGAUGAAGAAAAUGACAUGCUUGACCUGGCAUAUGGACUAACAGAUAGAUCCAGGUUGGGCUGCCAAAUCUGUCUAACAAAGAGUAUGGACAAUAUGACAGUUCGAGUACCUGAGGCCGUGGCCGAUGCCAGACAAUCCAUUGAUAUGGGCAAGAACUCCUAAGCUAGAAUAAAUAGAAAUAUUUUACAUGAAAAUGUACCUAUUUUUGUAAUUAUUAUUUCUUAAUGUAAUUAAAUGAAAACCUGGCUGAAUGGCUUAUUAUGAUGACUACCUUUACUACUUUAAUUUACCUUGUAUUACUACUUAGUUCUGUAGUUCUGAAAGCAUGUAAUCUUCACUUUUUUGGUUACAUUAUAAAAAUCAUGUUAAAUGUUAGAGCAUAGUUACUAUAAUAAAAGCUUACAUAUUUUA